AUGUCGGCCUCCAAAGACCAAUCCUCCCUAAACUCGGGUCGAGGAGCAGGAACAACAUUCGGCGCCAAUGACACCAACCCGGAAUCCACUGCUACCCCAGCGAUGUCUGUAGGCAUGGCCACUGCAGCAGGCCAUGGCGACCACCCCAAAGACAAUGCAGACGACAGCAAUGCCACGUUACCAGGAAGCAAAAUCGGACCACAGAAUGAGGAUCUUGAAGGGGACCAGAUGCGCGCUGCUGGAGAGGGAGAAGUUAUGGAUGCGCAGUUCAACAAGAAGAAUGCUGGCUGGGGUGAACAGAACAGCUUAACAAGUGAUCUGGACAGACAAAAGGCGGAGCAAAAGGGGGCAAGGGAGGAUAUCAAGGCUGCAAGGAAAGGGGGCGAGAGUGUUGAUGGGGGAGCGGGGAAUAGGGUUGAGAGCGAGGGCAUCGGUUCAGUAUGA